AUUUUGACUAUAUGAAGUAAGUGAUGAUCGAAUCGAAACCAUUUGUGCUAUUUAUAAUUUAACAUACAUACUUUUAACUGAUUUAUAUUUGGUAGUAAAUAACGUAAUGAUGUCAAAUCUGCGGGGCGUCUCGCCCUUAUCAGAAGCAAUGUCCGAUACGACUUUAGAAAGAAAUCGCGGAGAAAAGGCGUUGUUAACAAAAACGCCCUCGCAAAGCCAAGUCUUUUUGCAUAAAACAACAAAUAAUAUGCUUAAAAAUUACUCUGAUAAGAAUGGAAACGACGUUUCGAAGACUGUUCAUAAAGGCCGCAAGACCUUUGCCUUUUGGACAUUAGUGUGCCUAUUAUUUAUCUUGGGUAUCGGGAAUCUUGCCCUCACGUUUACCAUCCUCGCUGUAUUAAGACUUGGACAAGGGCUUGAAAGUAUGGAGUUUCUCCCAGACCACAAUGCUAUAAAAUUCUUCGGCCUAACAGAUUUAGAUCAUAUAUAUAAGAGAGACGGUUUGAUAGAAAGCUUCAGAGACACACCCAUGAGUAUAUCAAGUGAUAAUGGAUCAGUACUCUUCAAUUUGCAGACCAGAUUAUCACGGACAGACACGAAACUGGUCGUGAACACGUCUGGUGUCUUCAUCAAGGGAGUGAGCUCCUUCGAGCUGACCGAUCCUGACUCCGGCGAGCGAGUUUUCAGCACCGCCAACCCGGAGAUCACGGUCACAGAAAGCAUUAACAAUUUGAAUGCUAAGCAAGUAUCAACAAAGCGCAUCUCAUCACCAGUCGAUGAGGACCUCACCUUCCGUUCGGAAACAUCAGCGUACCUCCGAGGAGCGGAAGGCACGCACAUGGAAUCGAAGGAACUGUUCUGGAGCGCUGACCAGGAUAUCUACUUGAAAUCUAUCAACGGUUCCGUUAUUCUAAGCGGUAAAGAGGGUGUCUUCAUCGACGUCAGAUAUUUACCCAUAGCGAUACCCUUGAAUAAAGACAAGUUUCAUGGGACGGGACAGUUUAAGGUGUGUGUCUGUAUGCCCCAGGGGAAAUUGUUCAGGAUAGCAGUUCCGAAUGGACAAAAGAUAACAUGCUCUCAUGUUAAUAUGACCGGAGAACUGAACCCUUGUGUGUAACACGCUUAUCAUCUAUAUACAUAUGUAUAUUUAUAUAUGUAAUAGCAUAUGUAGUAAUUGGUAGUCAUGUAUAUUUUGUGUAUACGAAGUCAAACAGUUCACGGAAUGGCAGUGACAUGUCUGUUUGUCCUGAGUCUGGGUGUAACUAUCUAUAUAAGUAUGUAUUUACAAAAGAAAAGUAGUAUAUGUAAUAUAUCAGUUGUCUGGUUUCCAUAGUACGAGCUCUGCUUGAGCAUUUUCAAGGAUAAGUCAACUUUUUAGAUGAUGUCUGUAUUGAGUACCUAGAGUGUACCAGGUAAAAAACCACCGCUUUCUAACCAUUCCAUUCCGUGGAAUUUUUAAUCUCCUCUCGUAAAUGCAACGUAGAAGUGUUCUAGAAUUCAAGGAUAGUUAGAACCUAAAGAAGAAGCCACGUUCAAGUUAGAAAUAAAAAAAAAUGGUGUGUGUGGCAAGGUAUUCACCAGAAUGACUGCCUCAUUGAUUUAGUGGCUAGAUAUAGCUAGCUAGCCCGAGGUCCUGGGUUCAAAUCCCAAGACGGCCCAAUAAAAAGUUAUUGGGAUUUUCUGUCGAAAAUUCUCUAGCAGCCCGGAGUCUGGAAGUUAGUGUGUUUAAACACUUUCAACUCCCGUGCCUCGGAAAGCACGUAAAGUCGUUGGUCCUGCGUCUGAACUCAUUCCGGUCGUGUCGGAUUGCGGGUUAUGAGAGUCAUCGGAUUAUGAGAGUAAGGGAAUAGAGAGUGCACCUGUGUUGGCGCACACACGUGUGCUCUAUAACGUGCCCUAUGCAGUUGGCUAAUCUCUCUUGAGAUUUGCCGGUCCGGAGGACAUUAUAAUAUUACUCACGAGUAUUGAUGUAUAAAUAACAAAUAUUACGCUGACGUCAUCUGACGGUCGAAAUCUUAAGCUUACUCGUCUGACGCUCGAAGUCUUGGUUAGCCCCUACCAUGUACCGAGGGCUAAGGUGUUUACACAACAAUAAAUCAGACCAUUUUUUAUGUUUUAUUUUAUUUAUUACUAAUUUGGAAUAUAAUAGCUAUUGAUGUAUUUGUUUUAUUUUGCCUUGUUAAACUUUUUUGACUUAUUAUUUUAACUCCUGUCAAAUUAUUUUUUAUCAGAUUUUCUACUAGAGAAGCAAAAAUAUUUUUUUUAGUAAGUCAAGUUAAAGGACCUAGUCAU